AUGGACCGUAUGAAAGCUGCAACCUCAAAAACAGUGCAGAAGCAAAAUGUGCCAGGCUCCUUGACUGCCUUUCCUACUGUUCUGGAACCUGUGAGUUCUCCGUCUCUAUCAAUCAUUGAAGAUAUCUCUGAAUUGGAGACGGACACGGCGAUUGUCACCAUCUCAAUGCCUUUGCCACCUGAAGAGGAGAAUGAGUUUCUUCCGAGACGCCUCUGGCACAAGAGUCUCACAUACUCAAUUCUUUUUACAAUAUUCUUUCUGUUUUUUCUCUCUGCAGGAACCAAAAUGGCUUUAAAGUUUUUGAAUAAAAACAAAACAAAGCUGAAGAAUUUUUUGAAAGAGUACAGCAUCACUAACAAUCUCUCCUCCAACCCCUUCAUCAUCAAGGUCUUUGACAUUGUCUUUGAGACUGAAGAUUGCUAUGUGUUUGGUCAGGAGUAUGCUCCAGGUGGAGAUUUGUUUGACAUCAUCCCUCCCCAGGUGGGUCUACCUGAGGACAACGUGAAACGCUGUGUGCAGCAGUUGGGUUUAGCUAUUGACUACAUGCACAGUAAGAGUCUGGUUCACCGGGAUAUAAAGCCAGAAAAUGUCCUCCUUUUUGACAAGGAGUGCAGACGGGUGAAGCUGUCUGAUUUCGGGAUGACACGCAAAGUUGGCUGCAGAGUGAAGCGCAUCAGUGGGACCAUCCCAUACACAGCUCCAGAGAUCUGUCAAGCCAACAGGACUGAAGGCUUUUUAGUUGACUGCAGCAUUGAUGUCUGGGCUUUUGGUGUUCUAAUCUUCUGCAUGCUGACUGGGAACUUUCCUUGGGAGGCUGCCAUGUCAUCUGACACAUUCUAUGAGGAAUUUGUGCAGUGGCAGAGGGGCCGGCUGAAUGGGUUUCCCUCACAGUGGAAAAGGUUCACAGAUGCAGCCCUACGAAUGUUUCAGAGGCUGCUGGCUGUUGAUCCAGAGAAAAGAUGUUCUGUCAAGGAAGUGUUUUAUUUUCUGAAAUGUGACUUGAUGGUAGAAUUGAGGAGGAGGCCUUCUUAUCGAUGUAGAACGCAUUCGUCUGAUAAGCCAGCACACAAACACGAGGGAUCCAGCCCCAGCAUGCCCACUCCGCUGAGAAGAAGCCUCCUGUCAGAAACAGCAAGUUCCAGAUUCACGUCCACAUCCACAGAGUCAAGUUCACACCCAUCCGGAAGCAGGAUGGAGGGAAGACAGGACAAGGGCAAAGGUCGAAUGAUUGUUGCCACGGCGAUUGAAAUUUGUGUUUAA